UUUCCCUGCGGAUCGCGGGGACGAGGAGUGUGCAGCUCGGCAGAGGCUCGAUCAAACCGACGCUUCAACCUGAGACUGUCCGGAGCCGAGCGGAGGAGAGGGGUCGUUUUAUUUAAGAACCGGAUGAACAUAGUUACACCUUGUUUUUUUAUCAAGCACUGAGGAAGAAGUGUGUGUGUGUGAGGAACCAUGCGGGGAUGGAGAAGUGAUGCUGCCGAGUUUUGCUGAAGCUUCCUCCGGGGCGGUGCUGCCGCUCAUCCCGCUGCUGGCUCGUCUUUUUCUGGGAGUGACAUCAAAGUUUCCUCGGGGUGAUUUUAUUCUCCAGGUUCGGUUCACGUGCUUUCCAGUCAGAUCUCAGCUGUGUUGAAUGACUGGAGGUUUUAAUAUCUAAUCCGACACUGAGCGGACACUGCAGACUCUCAGAGGAGCUGACACCAGGACACAGAGGAGAUGAACUUUGGACAUUUACUACUUGUGACUGUGUCAUUCAUCCACAUCGCUUCAGGGUCCCGGGCACGGUUUGAGGACAGCGCACCUCGCAUAGUGGAGGACCCCUCGGAUUUGAUUGUCUCCAAGGGGGAGCCCGCCACCCUCAACUGCAAGGCAGAGGGCCGACCCACUCCCAGCAUCGAGUGGUACAAAGAUGGCGAGCGUGUGGAGACUGACAAAGACGACCCGCGAUCCCACCGCAUGCUUCUGCCCAGUGGCUCCCUCUUCUUCCUGCGCAUCGUACACGGACGACGGAGCAAACCAGAUGAGGGCGUCUACACCUGUGUGGCCCGCAACCACCUGGGAGAUGCCAUCAGUCGUAAUGCUUCUCUGGAAGUUGCCAUCCUGAGAGAUGAUUUCCGGCAGGCGCCGAGUGAUGUGGUGGUGGCUGCUGGCGAGCCUGCGGUGUUAGAGUGUGUGCCUCCACGUGGUCAUCCCGAACCCACCGUGUCCUGGAAACGCAACAACGCCCGAGUCAGCGCCAAGGAUGAUCGCAUCGCUAUGCGCGGCGGCAAACUGAUGAUAUCUCACACCAGGAAGAGCGAUGCCGGCAUGUACGUUUGUGUGGGCACGAAUAUGGUCGGAGAGAGGGACAGCGAUCCUGCCGAGCUGGUGGUGUACGAGCGGCCCGUGUUGGUACGGAGGCCGGUGAACCAGGUGGUGAUGGAGGAAGAGACGGUGGACUUUCUGUGCGAGGUCCACGGAGAUCCCCCUCCCACCGUGCGAUGGCGCAGAGAGGAAGGAGAGCUGCCCCGCGGGAGGUUUGAAAUCCGCAACGGCAACAGCCUCCGUUUGAUCCGCGUGAAGGAGCAGGACGAGGGGACCUACACCUGCACUUCUGAAAACAGCGUGGGCAAGACGGAGGCGUCGGCCAUGCUGCAGGUCCACGUUGGCCGGUUCCUUCCACCUCAGAUUGCCGCGAAGCCCCGAGACCAGAUUACCACCCAGGGGAUGAGCGUCACCUUUCAAUGUGGCACCACAGGAAACCCUCCACCUGCCAUCUUCUGGCAGAAAGAGGGCAGCCAGAUGUUGUUGUUCCCUGGUCAGCCGCCGUCACAGUCUGGUCGUUACUCUGUGUCCAUGAGCGGAGAGCUGACCAUCACUGACGUCCACCCCGAGGACUCUGGUUUCUACAUCUGCCAGGCCAUCAGUGUCGCAGGAAGUGUGCUGACCAAGGCCCUGCUGGAGGUGGAAGGAGGCCCUUCAGGUCGUGUACCACCGAUCAUUCGCCAAGGUCCGGCCAAUCAGACCGUAUCUCGGGGUGCGACGGCGCAGCUGCACUGCCGUGUAAUAGGAGGACCUUCAGUCAAGAUUUCAUGGGAGAAAGAUGGAGAGAGACUUCAGGGAAAUAAACCAAGACUGACCUUGAUGGAGAAUGGCACUUUGCAAAUCGCAGACAUAAAGGACACAGACUCCGGGUCGUACAUGUGCGUAGUAUCCAGCGUCACGGGGGAGACGAGCUGGAGUGGGAUGUUGACUAUCAGAGAAGAUGGAUUUUCUUCAGUAUCCAGAGUUUCUGAGUUCAUCCAGCUUCCAGGACCUCCACAGAAGCCUGUCGUGACAGAGGUGACCAAAAACACUGUCACCCUCACCUGGCAGUCCAACCCUCAUGAAGGCGGGGCCGCUGUCACCUCCUACGUGAUCGAAGCUUUCAGCCAAUCAGUGGGCAGCACCUGGCAAACGGUAGCGGACCAUGUGAGGCAGGAGAGGCACACAGUGGUCGGACUCUUCCCCAACACGGUUUAUCUCUUCAUUGUCCGAGCUGUCAACUCGUAUGGCCUAAGUGACCCCAGCCCGAUAUCUGAGCCUGUCAGGACACAAGAUGGGAGUCCCACAGAGCAGGGCGUGGACCACAGACAGGUGCAGAGAGAUUUAGGGGAGGUGUCUGUCUACCUGCAGAAGCCUGUGGUUCUCUCUCCUUCCAGCACCAGGAUUUCUUGGACUGUCGCCCGUCAGUCUCGGUAUGUUCAGGGUUACCGAAUAUUUUACCGCACUAUCGGCAACUCCUGGUUGGUCCAGGAUGUGGAGGCCACCUCUGACAACAGCGCCAUCUUAGUAGAUCUACAGAGCAGCUCUGAGUAUGAGGUCAAGAUACGACCUUACUUCAAUGAGCUACAGGGACAUGACAGCCUCAUGGUUCUGCUGCGUACACCCGAGGAGGUUUUAAGUGCUCCUCCACCGGGUGUAUCAGUGGUGCAGCUCACUAACAGCUCCAGUAUCAGUGUAUCCUGGGAGCCUCCACCUCAUAAUAUUCAGAGUGGUAUCAUUCGGGAGUACAAGGUCUGGUGUCUGGGCAGUGGAGUGGAUGAGGAGAACCAGAUCAACCGAACUGUGGAUGGAGCUGUUCUGUCCAUCCUGCUGACGGGCCUGCUGCCUGGCGUCCGCUACUCUGUCACGGUGGCUGCUGUCACCAGCCUGGGUGUGGGCGCUCAAAGCCCGCCUGUCAGCCUGCUUCUCACUGUCCCACUGGACAAGACUUCAACGUCUGUGAAGAAAGAUGGUAGUCUCACCAUAUCAGAGCAGAUCACAAGCGUAGUGCGCCAGCCGGCCUUCAUCGCAGGACUGGGCGUGGCUGCGUGGUUGGCGCUGACGGGCUUCAGUGGUUGGCUGUACUGUCGCCACCGCAGGAGGAAGCAGCUGGGACACUACACCACAUCCUUCGCAUACACACCAGCAGUUGGCUUUGCUCACAGUGAAGGAUCCGGAAUCAUAAACGGAGGGCCUGGCUUGCUGGGAUCAAACAUGGGUAACUACCCCUGGCUGGCCGACUCUUGGCCGACUCCGAACCUCACUCACAACAGCAAAGACUCUGUGAACUGCUGCUCUGGCAAACUGGACUCAGAUAGAUAUUAUAACAUCCUUUGUUGUUCAGCAGUUGGUAUCACAAACUACCCGACCCAGUCAGAGAAACUCAGCACAGCGUCCAACGACAGUCCCAUCUACAGCACCAUCAACACAGCUGCUGAGGAUGACCUGCUGGCCUAUUAUGACACCUACUCCAGCACAUCCUACAUCCAGGGUCCAGACCCAUACAGCAGCAACCCGGUGCUGUCAAACAGUGGACUCGUGGGUCUGGGGCAGGACCUGGACCAGUGGACCAUCCAGUCUGGACAGUCUGGGUCUGAAUAUGCUAAGCUCCAGUACACCAAGAAAAGCAACGACAAACUGGCAAAGCAGAAGUCGACUGGAUCCUCAUCCAAGCCAGCUCCUCUCACCUGGGUGGAUGUUUUGUCGCUUCCUCUCCCUCCCAACAAAGACAUGGGUCGCAGAAAGACAGACAAAGGAGACGGGCAACACAGCUCUGAGGAGGAGGACGAAGACUGGUGUCCUCCGUUGCCUGCCAGAACCUACCUGAUGGACGCUUCCAGGGAGGAAAUCUCCAGCCUGCCUUCAAAAACAGACGAUCUGUCUUACGCAGCGACAUUGAUGGCCUUUCCUCAGCGAGACACACACAAGCCCAGCAACAGUCCGCGACUGCACAGCUUCGACCUCUUGACCCGCCAACACUUGGGUUCCCAGGUGUCCCAGUCCAACCCAGAUCUAUUUACCAACAAGGCCCGGGACGUCAGCGAGUUGUACCACACCAACCAAUGGGCAGACAAUUUCAAAGGGGAGAGCAACAGCAAAAGACCAUCUCCUGCUGCAGCUGCCGAGUCGUGUCCUGGAGCCCAGACGCACAGAUCCAGGAGUAAGAAGAAAACGCCCAAGGAAGGACAACUCAAGCGAGAGCUACACAGCCACACAGAACUCCCCCCUCCCCCGGCCCUGCCCCCUACAGAUGACUCGCUGCAGCUCUUGGCAGAGGUUUUGAGCCGCGGACGAACGGACACGGAAAGAAAAGGGGCCAGCGACUCACCUACUCUUCAGAGGAGGGGAGAACAAUUCUCACCGCAAAGAAGAGGACCGACAAAUUGUUCAUCGCAGGAUGAAAAUGUAAUCCCAUAUGGACAGUCCAGCUUCCUGCCCAAGGUCCAGAUGUCAGGCGGUGAAGUGUUCCCUCGACCCUCCGCUGCCACCUUUAGGGGAGAUGAGAACCUCAUGUGAACAGAAGUGGGCCUUGUUUUCCUGUCUUUGAUUUCCUGUCUUUGCAAACCUUCAAUCUGUUGCCAUGGUAUCUAACAAAAAACUGAGGACAAAAGGGAAAGCGUCAAGGCUCUCCAUCUGCCUUUUCACCAACUAUUUUUUAUUAUUUUUUAUCAUUUGAAUGAUUUGAUUAUUAUUUUUUGUGAUUCACUUCAACCCUUCUCCUUGUAUAUAGACAUAUUUGCAAUUUUUAAAAGAUGUGAUGAGAUAUAUUACUAAAAUAAAUCUGGGGGGGAAAGUAUUGUAUUUUUAGGCAAUGAGAAGUAACUGUAACUUUGACAUUAUUGUACAGCUGAUUAUUGAAUGUAUCUUCUGUUUACUCCUUACCAUUAAAACCAUGAUGGUGUGUGUGUUCGAUUAAAGACUGGAAAAGAAGCAGAGGAUUCGGUAAUAACUCAUCAUGUUGGUGUGGGUGUGUUUGAGUGUGCGUGUCAGUGCAUGUGCGUAGUGUUUGUGUGUGCUACUGUUUUUAAUCUGUCAUCUCUGUGUGACUGUGCUGUGGUUUUCCUGUAGAUCACCAGUGUGUUAUCAAGCUUUUUAAACUGACCAAUAAAACAUUUGUUACAAAA